AUGCCCGUACGAGUACGCGCUUCCAUGUCAUUGAUCGAAUCAGGGAGGGCUUACGGCACACCACCGCAUCGCACAACGAACGGCGAGCGAUAUACGAGUACAGGUGGGCAGCCGCCGUGUGCGAGUUGGCAGAGCACAAGACAAGGGACGAGGGACAACUUUGAACCUCCUUGUGCUCCCUUGGGCGCGGGACUCCGCAAACCCAACCCAGCCCUUCCCUUCAGUGGUGCCCUCUCGGCGUGGGGAGCCAGCGCGGACCCUGAGUGGCUCCCAAAGACCCCAAAGACACACCGGUCAGGGGCAUCCCGGACGCCACCUGGGCAGAACCAGAAAUUGUCCUGUCUCUGGUGCUUGUGCUCGCGCUUCCGUGCUGGCGGACCGAGCAAUCUAAACAUGGGCCAGCGGGGGUUUUCCCUUCUUGUCCCUUCUUCCUGUUUCUCACUCGGUGCUGAGCCCGACCAGGGGUGUUGGAGGGGAGGAGGGGAGGAGGGGAGGAGGAGGAGGAGGAUGGAGGAGCGAGCAGCACAGGCUUGGAUCCAACCGGCCUUGAGCUUGGACGGUGGCGAGAUGGUCUCUAGACGGUCCCAGCGCUUUGGGGGACAAGUUCUGGGAAACGUCCAAGCGCCCUCGAGACCAAGCGCCAGACCGGACGGACACUUGCUAGCAGACGCGGUGCCUGUUUUAGCCCUCGGCGGGCGAAUCGCGGUCGUCGAGCCGAUUGGCGACGGGCUGGCGAUCAGUUGCGAUCAAGUCGGUGAUGCAGACGCGCGACAUGACUUGUGCGCUUUGUCUGAGUCUGAGUCUGAGCUGAGCUGA